CAGGUGCAUCGUAUAAGGUGCAUAUGGAAUUUAUUGGUCAAAUCAAAAUCGACUUUUUCAAAGGAAUUUACCGUAGCAGUUAUCGUGUGGGAGGUGUAACUAAAUACCUAGCAACUACAUUCCUGGCCGCUACAUAUGCCCGUACCGUGUUUCCCUGUUACGAUGAACCAGGCUACAAGGCAAGAUUUAAUGUCAAAAUUCGACAUCUAUCACAUCAUACGGCUUUGUCGAAUAUGCCAGUUACAAACAGCUUGCAGUUUGAUGGGUACAGUGAAACCACUUUCGAUACCACACCCCUCAUGUCCACCUACUUGGUGGCAUUUGUCGUGUCAGAGAUGAAAACACUAUCUUCCGAUCAGGAACUUUUCCGAGUAUUUGCACCGGAAAACAAGGUAAACGAUACCAUUUACGCUCAUGAUUUUGCGGUACGAGCAGUGAGAGCUCUGGAAACACAUUUCGGUCGACAGAACCAAAUGCCAAAGAUAGAUCUUGUUGGCAUUCCUGAUUUUGCGAUGGGCGCCAUGGAAAACUGGGGUCUGAUAACGUUUCGCGAGGAUUAUUUAAUCUACGAAGGUGAAGAAGAAACAAUGGCUUCCGCUAAACAAAGGAUAGCUUCUGUCAUUACACACGAGCUGGUGCACAUGUGGUUCGGCAACGAGGUUACACCGGAAUGGUGGACUUAUGUUUGGUUGAAUGAGGGAUUCGCUAAUUAUUUUGAGUUCUACAUUACAGCGCAGCUCGAGCCGUCAUGGAAGUUCUGGGAACAAUUUAUUGUGAGUGAGGUACAUUCGGCACUAGCGAAAGAUUGCCAUAGUUCAGCUCGGCAGAUGAACUACUAUGCAACAGAUCCAGCAAUCUUGAAUGAGUUGUACGAUUAUGUGGUGUAUGCAAAGAGUGCGUCGGUCAUACGGAUGAUACAAAACGUGAUCGGGUUCGAUACAUUCCGACAGGCCAUCAAUGAUUAUCUACGAUCACGAAGCUAUCUCACUACCAGACCGGAAUAUCUAUACACAAGCAUUGAAAAGUUUCGCACAGUCAAUCUUCCUGGUAGUGUAGAAGAGAUCUUCGAAAGUUGGGCCAACGCUCCAGGCUAUCCCGUCGUAACGGUGAUCGUCGAUCGCACCCAGCGCACACUAACGGCAUCCCAGAAGCGCUUUUGGAUGCCAAACGAAGUAGAUACUCCGCCGGAAAAUAAGCUUUUCUACAUUCCGUUGAACUAUGCAUCCAGUGUUUCCUCCUCGAACAGUUUCGAUGAUACAACUCCCUCUUUCUGGUUGACUCCGUCGGAUCCUACCACGACCAUUUCCAUUGAGACGGGUAUCGAGUGGCUUGUUGUGAACAAACAGCAGACAGGAUACUAUCGUGUGAAUUACGACGAAGAGAGCUGGCACAAGUUGAUCGCAGUGUUGAAUAGCGAUCGUUUUGAUGAGCUUGUACCAGUCAUAAAUCGGGCCCAGCUAGUGGACGAUGUAGCGAAUCUAGCUCGAGCCGGAGAGGUGGGUUACGAUGUGGCACUGUCACUGAUGCAAUAUCUCGAACGAGAAACGGAGUACGUUCCAUGGAGCACAGCUCACAAUGCGUUGUUGCAUCUUGAUCAGAUGUUUUCUAGUAAUAAGGAAUAUAUUCGCUUUGAAAGCUUCGGCCGCUCUAUAACCUCGCACGUGUUCAACAAUACAAUGACUUCUGAAGGAACCCAUCUGAAUCGGUUGCAUCGUAACAAGUCUGUCUACUUAGCGUGUUAUUUUGGUGUAUCGGCGUGUUUAAAUUUGGCAACAGACACGGUAGAGGCAGCACUUCGCGAGGAAACGCUGACCAUACCCAAAGAGUUGCAAUCAGCAGUGUUUUGUGCAUUACACAAGCAUGAUUUACCCAUCGAAGGAGAUUAUGGUGUAGAGCUUUUCCAAAAGUUUUGGCAAGCCACUGAUCAAUACCAACAUUUGAUCGAUAUGUUCAUCGGCGGUUUGGGGUGUUCCCGUAAUCUCACAAUGAAUGAGUUCUACCUGCAAAUAAUUGAAAUAGAUACACCCGCCCUUUCGAUCACAAAGAGCAUGAAGCGUGGCAUUCUGACGAGCCUGAUUAAAGGUAAUCCCAUAACGCGAGACUCUGCGUUCCGCUACAUUAAAUCACGGUUUGAUGCAGUUUCUGCUAUGUUGGAUCACCAGAUGGGGCCAGUGUUUGAUGCUUUCGGUACUAGUAUCAACACUCUUUCAGAAUACAAUAUGAUGUACCGCGCAGCGCUGUGCGUAGUGGCCUUUUGCCUGCCGUUGAGCUUCGGUUCAGCUCCUGUAGACGUGGAAAAGCUUUCAACUUCCCGUGAUUCCCAAGAUGACAGUCGCUACCUGUUGCCAAGAGUGUCGGAACCCAUUUCUUACGAUCUGUUCCUUGACAUCACCAAUUACUACUUUUAUUCAUAUUCCGGAAGCGUCGAGAUUCAGUUUCGUUACACCGGCGAUCAGAACCAUUUCUAUCUAAACAACGAUGGACUAGUGAUUGAUGAAAGCAGCAUCAAAGUGACGCGUCCUGACGGUUCCGAUCUGCCAGUUGCCAACGUGCUCUAUAUGGAACAAUUUGAACAAAUUUAUUUUGGAUUUUCCGAGCGACUUCAAACUGGAGAGCUCUAUAAGAUUCAAAUUAAUUUUCUCAACAGUAUAGGAACCGAGUUGAAGGGACUGUACAGAAGCAGUUACGUCAUUGGUAACACAACUAGGUAUCUAGCAACUACUCAUUUUGAAUCCACAUACGCUCGGAGUGUAUUUCCAUGCUACGAUGAACCAGAGUACAAGGCUACAUUCAAUUUGAGAAUAAGACAUCGUUCCGAAUAUACUGCUUUAUCCAAUAUGCCGGUUAUAAACAGUGCGACUGUUGGUGAUUAUACGGAAACAACAUUUGACACUACUCCUCAAAUGUCUACAUACUUGGUGGCGUUUGUCAUCUCCGAUUUUAAAACGAUAUCGCAAGAGACGGAUCGAUUCAGAAUUUUCGCGGCAGAACACAAGGUAGCUCACACGGAGUACGCGUUGGAGUUUCUUGGAAAGUCUUUGCGUACCUUGGAAACAUUAUUCGGUCACCAAUAUCAGCUGCCAAAGGUGGAUCUCAUCGCCAUACCAGAUUUCGCGAUGGGUGCCAUGGAGAACUGGGGCCUGAUAACGUUCCGAGAGCAGUAUUUAAUUUACGAAGAAGGUGUUACAACGGCCCGAACAAAACAAAACAUUGCUGAUCUAAUCACGCAUGAGCUAACGCACAUGUGGUUUGGCAACGAGGUUACUCCGGAAUGGUGGACAUACCUGUGGUUAAGCGAGGGUUUUGCUAGAUACUUCGAAUAUUACGUCACAUCGCAGCUUGAACCCAGCUGGAAUCUUUGGGAACAGUUCAUCGUGAACAAUGUGCAUUCAGCGCUUUCUCAAGAUUGUUUCGCUAAUAAUCGAAUGAUGAGCUAUUAUGCUACGGAUCCUGCUGUACUGAACGAUCUAUUUGAUUACGUUGUGUAUGCAAAGAGUGCUUCAGUCAUACGGAUGAUACAAAACGUGAUCGGGUUCGAUACAUUCCGACAGGCCAUCAAUGAUUAUCUACGAUCACGAAGCUAUCUCACUACCAGACCGGAAUAUCUAUACACAAGCAUUGAAAAGUUUCGCACAGUCAAUCUUCCUGGUAGUGUAGAAGAGAUCUUCGAAAGUUGGGCCAACGCUCCAGGCUAUCCCGUCGUAACGGUGAUCGUCGAUCGCACCCAGCGCACACUAACGGCAUCCCAGAAGCGCUUUUGGAUGCCAAACGAAGUAGAUACUCCGCCGGAAAAUAAGCUUUUCUACAUUCCGUUAAACUAUGCAUCCAGUGUUUCCUCCUCGAACAGUUUCGAUGAUACAACUCCCUCAUUCUGGUUGACUCCGUCGGAUCCUACCACGACCAUUUCCAUUGAGACGGGUAUCGAGUGGCUUGUUGUGAACAUACAGCAGACAGGAUACUAUCGUGUGAAUUACGACGAAGAGAGCUGGCACAAGUUGAUCGCAGUGUUGAAUAGCGAUCGUUUUGAUGAGCUUGUUCCAGUCAUAAAUCGGGCCCAGCUAGUGGACGAUGUAGCGAAUCUAGCUCGAGCCGGAGAGGUAAGUUACGAUGUGGCACUGUCACUGAUGCAAUAUCUCGAACGAGAAACGGAGUACAUUCCAUGGAGCACAGCUUACAAUGCAUUGUUGUACCUAGAUAGAAUGUACUCUGGAGCAAUGCAGUAUGAACGAUUGGAAAGUUUCAUACGUUCAAUUACUGGAUGUAUGUAUGAAAACAUCUUGCUCACUGGGCCGAUGGAUCAUAUUAGUAGACUUCAUCGUGGUAACACCGUUUACCUCGCAUGCUAUUCCGGGGUGCAAAAGUGUUUGGAGGAUGCAAACGCUCUAGCCACGAAAGCAGUUGAAGAUCCUACAUACACCAUCCCCGAGGAAGUGCAACCGGCAGUAUUUUGCGCGCUUCAUAAGUAUCCCGUGGCAACACUUAACGUGCAGACUGAUUUGUUCGAACAAUAUAUUCAAUCCGCCAAGAACUCUCAGCAGCUGGAGAUGAUUAAUCGGUUCCUCACCAGCGUUGGGUGUGCUCGGAAUGAAACCACCUUAGAGUACUACUUAGCGUUGACGUCGUACAACUACCCAGGGCUUCCAAUCACUGCUGACCAAAGGAAUCAAAUCUACCUCGGUCUAAUCAAUGGUAGCCCAACAACGCGCUUGACCGCAUUACGCUACAUGCACCAACAUUUUUCUACCGUCACGUACUUGCUGACCUCCGUAACCUCGAUCUUCACAGAAUUGGGUAAUCGCAUUAAUACUCGAUUACAGUACGAAGUGCUGCAAAAUAUCGUGGACGAGUAUGGAGCUUCAUUGUCAACCUCAGCAAAAGCGGCUGCAGAUGCAGCUCUUGUACGAGCGGACCAAAACAUUCAGUGGAUUGAAAAGCACGCGGAACAUAUAACGUCCUGGCUGGUGGAGAAAGAAUAUGAGGGAACGACCGUGAAACCUCCUGGUGGCGGAACGGUCGUUCAUUCCAUCGCUAUGUUAGCUGCAUUCGGGAGUGUGUUAAUCCUGCUGAUGUCAAAUUCAAUACUACUUUGA